AGAAAAACUGAAUAAUUUAACUUAAGACUAGGUUGUAUGGGCAUUGUUCCCUUUGCCUUCCUUGAAAAGGGAGAAUUUAACAAAAAAAAAAAAAACUAAUAACCAGUAGGCCUUGUUUAUAAAAAUAAUCGCAAGAUUUAACUUUAAAGUACAGUUAUGGCAGAUCCAGAAUUAGAGAAAAUCAGGCAGCAAAGACUUGCACAACUACAGGCUCAACAUGGGGGAGGAGAUCCAAACCAAGCUAAAGCCCAAGAAGAAAAAAUGCAGGCUAUGGAGGAGGCCAAGCAUUCAAUUCUUAGUCAAGCACUCAGUCAAGAUGCUAGAGCCAGAUUGAAUAUAAUCAAACUCGGCAGACCUGAAAAAGGUGCAAUUGUGGAAAAUAUGAUCUGUAGAAUGACACAAAUGGGACAAAUACGCAGUAAAAUAUCAGAACAGGAAUUGAUUCAGCUAGUGGAGUCUCUUAAUCAACAAAUGCCUAAGUCAUCGAGCACUGUUAAAUUUGACAGAAGAAGAGCUGCCCUUGAUUCUGAUGAUGAUUUGUAGCAGACUGAAACUAGUCUUUAAGUUUGUCAAGC